AUGACCCGUACUGAGAGCCGACUUCUUUUCAAAAACGCUCUUGCAAUCUCUGUUCAUUCCAACCAAGAACCAUUUAUUGCAGAUGUGCUGGUGUCACACGAAGGGGUGAUAUCCUAUAUCGGACACGACAAAGCUGAAGAAGCUCAAAAUGCCGACAGGGUUAUUGAUGCGACUGGGAAAUGGCUUUUACCAGGCUUUGUUUCAGCACGUAGCCAUUUUUGGCAAAGUGGCUUUCCUGGUCACGCGUCGGAUAAAACUGUGAAUGAGUGGGCGGAGGCUAUUUAUUUUCCAGCCAAGAACAACCGUCGAUGA